AUGUCGUAUGUGAAACGAUUCACGAAGGAGACCCUGGAGGUAGACGAAGCUGAUGACAAAGUGCAGUUGACGGCCUUUAAGGCAGGGCUGAAGUCCAGAGAGUUCGUGGUGUCACUCACGAAGAAUCCUCCUAAGAUGAUGGCAGAGAUGCUCCUGAAGGCACAGAAGUACAAGAAUACUGAAGAUGCACUAGCUGCCAUAAGGGACAUAGAGAAGUCAACAGACAAGGGAAAAAAGGAGGACAAUUGUAGGGGACAAAAAAAGGAGCAUCCAGAUCGUCGGACCAGCGAAGGGGGUAAACGGAAAGACGAAAAAACUCCUCGAAUGGUAAAAUUCACUCCUUUAGUUAUGCCAGUUGAAAAAAUUUUGGCACAGAUUAAGGAUGAGCAUUACCUCAAAUGGCCAAGGCCAUUACAUUCGUCCCCCAACGUCCAAGACAAGAAGAAGUACUUCCGGUUCCACAAGGAUCAUGGCCACUACACAGAAGAUUAUCGGGACUUGAAGGAGCAGAUAGAGGAAUUGAUAUGGAAAGGAAAACUGCAGAAGUAUGUGAAGAAGGGAGAAUCCAGCAGGUUUAGAGACGAUGAUAAAAACCAGUGCGGGUUUUUGCCUAAAGACGAGGAUCAUACGUCUCAACGACCACAAAUUGUGAUUGGGGAGAUAAGGACGAUCACAAGUGGGCCAUUCACAAGUGGGUCAUUCAGAUCCCUCAAGAAAGCAUGUCAGAGGCAGGUGAACAGCGUUCACAUGACACCCCCAUUUAAACAGAGAUGGACAAACCCGGACAUGUCUUUCAGUGAGGAAGAUGCUAGGGGAGUGAAGCAGCCUCACAACGACCCCUUGGUCAUAAUGCUCACAAUAGAAAGAUUCAACACCAAGAGGAUCCUCGUGGACAAUGGUAGCUUCGCAGACAUUAUCUACCUUCCCGCUUUCUAG